AGGUGCAGCUGAGGUCAGGCUGGGUCCGGUUAGCUAAUCAGGCAGGGAUAUCAAGUGUGUCUUUGUAUCUGCUGAGUGAUCGUGAGUGUGGAGACUUGUUGAGGGACAAGGGACAAGGGACAAGGGACAAGGGACAUAUACAUGUGAGAACGGAUCAGCCUCACUCACAGGGAGCUUCUGAGAUGGAAGCAGCUCACGUCAGCCCAGAGCUUCCUGUUCGAUGGGUUGUUUCUGCAGACAGGACUGUUGAGAUCAAGGAGGAAGUGACUGAGCUGGGGUGCGACCAGGCCAAUGAGCGGACCCUGCAGGAGGAAACGCCGCCUUCUAGCAUCGCUGAGAGAGGUGCUGAUAUGAAAGUGGGAUGUUUUGGUAGACAAGAAUCAGAAAUGGCAUCUUCUCGCAUUAAAGAGGAGGACUCUGGACUAGAACCCGUCCCCAUUAAGAAAGAAGUCGCAGCUGUCCAUAUUGAAGAGGAGAGUCCUGUGCUACAGCCUGUCCCCAUUAAGAAAGAGGUCUCAGCACUGAAACCUGUCCACAUUAAAGAGGAGAGUCCUGCGCUAGAAUCGGCAGAAUGUCAACACCUUUCAGAAGACCUGCAGUUGACAGAGCUGGGCAACAGCAGACACUGCCCAUCUCCAGAACGCCCACAGAUGUCUGCCAGCUCUCCCCAGAGCCAAGAUAAGCAGGAUAGUGCUGGUACCUCGUCAUCAUCGCUGUGUGGAAGACCAACAGCAUCCCACAGAGGAAGGAAAAGGAAGGCCGUUGUGGAAAGCGAGUUGACCAGCUACCUCAGAGAGUCGGAUGAGAGAUAUUUCGCAUUGCAAGAGGAGAAUUUGAAGUUAGCAAGGGAGCGGCACAGGAAUGAAAUGCAGGAGAGACGCAAAGACAGAGAAGCGAAUCGGCAGAGCGCCACGUUGUUGAUAGGGUUUCUGUCCAGCCUGGCAACAUCACUGGGGCAAAACCUGGCGAAGAACUAAAGUCCCUCUGACUGCAAACAAAAUGUGGCACUAUAUGUAACUAGUUAGCUUGAUUGUUUUGUUAAAUGUAAC